AUGAACGGGGUUCGACUAGUCUUUGUUGUUUUUCUUUAUGUUUCAGCCUCUCUUCAUAUAGUAUGUGGACGUGUAUUCAAACUAGGAUCUUGUCCUAACGUAGAAGUUCAGGAAAAUUUUAAUCUGAACAAGUUUAUUGGACAAUGGUACGUCAUUCAGAGAUUUCAGUCAUCCAGCCAAUGCCUGACCCAGAACAUAACCGUGGAAGACGGAGAUUACUACCUGUCUGAGAAUGGACAAUUACUCAGUAGUGACUUGCUCGGAAUAAAUCAAGUAUCCACACACGAAGGGAAGCUCCUUGUACCUAAGAAAGACUCUCCAUCAAAGAUGGUGGUGGAUUUUCCUCUGACCUUUAUAACGAAAUCUUUUAUGACAAAUAUUUCAGAUCCGUUUGGUAAAGUAAAUUACUGGGUUAUGAUGACAGAUUAUGAUAAUUAUGCCGCAAUUUGGUCUUGUCGGAGAAUGCUGCUUGGACACCUCCAAAAUGCAGAAAUUCUGAGUCGUAGCCCAACACUGGACAAGCUCAUUAUAAACAAGAUCCGUGGCCGUUUUGAGAACUAUGGGAUCGACGAACAUAACUUCAGCGUCAUAGACCAGAAAGACUGUCGAGACAAGAAGAAGAGAAACGGGGUUGGAAUAUCUUUGUUCCUGGAUAAUAUCUUCGGAAGACUCAGGAUCUGA